AUGGGACAAAAGUUUCUCGGAUUUAGACGUGAAUGUGGGAUGGCAGUUGAAUACAGAGAGAUUGAUUUGAAACAUUCAGACAAGGAAACUCUAGAAAAAUCCAACAGCAGACGAAUGCGAAGUACUCCGAGCAUCGCCAGUAAAUCCAGUACCGAUGAAUUCGUCGUCAUUUACAACAGAGUGCCUAAAACAGGCAGUACCUCCUUCACGGGAAUCGCGUACGACCUCUGCCAUUCAAACAGAUUCAAUGUUCUACAUAUAAACACUACCAGAAAUAUGCACACCAUGUCAGUAGCAGAUCAGAUGAAAUUUGUUCACAACGUCACGAGUUGGACAGCAAAGAAACCAGCGUUUUACCAUGGCCACUUAGCAUUUAUAGAUUUUGGAAGCUAUGGAUCAUCACAGCAGCCACUUUACAUUAACAUCAUCCGUCGACCUCUAGAUAGACUAGUAUCUUACUACUACUUCUUAAGAAACGGAGACGAUUUACGACCAAAGCUGAGGCGGGCAAGACAACAAGGAAGUACAUAUAAAGAGACAUUCGAUCAGUGCGUCGCCAGACGAGGCUACGAUUGCUCGGAGCAGAAGCUGUGGAUUCAGGUACCCUUCUUCUGUGGACAUGCUCAGGAAUGCUGGGUUCCCGGUAGCCGCUGGGCGUUAGAGCAAGCCAAAUUCAACUUAGCCAAUCAUUAUAUGCUAGUAGGAGUUACGGAGGAGAUGGAGGAGUUUGUUAUUAUGUUGGAAUCAGCGCUGCCCUCUAUGUUCAGGGGUGCCGUGGAAUUAUUCAGAACAGGUCAAAAGUCCCACCUACGGAAAACAUCACACAAGCUCGCCCCCUCGGAAGAAACCGUCAAGUUCUUUCAAGCCUCAUCGAUCUGGGAAGUCGAAGAAGAAUUCUACAACUUUGUGCUGGAUAACUUUCACAUGCAGAAAAAGCGCAGUCUAAAGACAGUCGACGGUGCCGUGGUGCCAAUCAGCGGGCAGUUCCUAUACGAGAAAAUCCGCCCCAAGUGACAUACAAGAUGCCCCCGGGUCCAUUUAUAAAACACAAGUAUUCUUGUCUUCUUUGUUCCUCGGGCGUCCAUUUCUUCUGCAUCUUCUUCCAUCUUCUGGUUUUAUGGGAGAAAAGAAUGAGUGGACAGCUCCGGGUUUCAACAGUUAUGUUUUUUUUAUGUUACUUUAAUUUGUUGAAGGUUCUUCUUCAAUUCAUACAAGAAUUGACAGAAUGUUGAAAGUUUUUGUUUCGUUUUGUUCCAAGUCACAGUGAUGUUUAUCAAGCGUUUGUAAGACCAACUCAUGAUAUUCAUUCCAAUUUUUAAAGACGAUCAUCCGAGCAUACUGAUAAAAAUGUUGAGUUGUCAACCACCGGUUUCUCUCAGAAGCAAAACUACUCAAAAGAGAGUUACACAUGGUGCUACCGCAACCUCACUGAUUAUGCUCCCACUAUGCAAAGAA